GUGAACGAAAUAGCUACCCACAGAAUAUUGGGAUUUGACUUGCUCCAGUCUCAUCCUGUGUGUCUCAUGUUAAAGAAAUGACAGAUGCAGGAUUGUGAGGCUAAGUAGCUAGAAAAUAGUUACUCAGACUUGAAGAGUCUUCAAAGAGAGUGUGGAGCAAUUAUAAUUAUCAGAGGAAGAAACAUCACAGGGAAAUAAAAGCCAAAUGUUUUCCUCAAGAGUUCUCCUUUUGGCUGUUGCGAUUUCAACUGCACUGGCUGGACCGUGGGCUAAUAUAUGUGCUGGCAAGUCUUCCAAUGAGAUCAGGACAUGUGACAGCCACGGCUGUGGCCAGUACACUGCUCAAAGAAAUCAUAGGCUUCACCAGGGUGUGGAUGUCCUGUGUUCCGAUGGAUCUACUGUGUAUGCACCUUUCACCGGAUUGAUUGUGGGCCAGGAGAAGCCUUAUAAAACCAAAAAUGCCAUCAAUAAUGGUGUUCGGAUAUCUGGAAGAGGCUUCUGUAUUAAGAUGUUCUACAUUAAGCCAAUUAAAUAUAAAGGUUCUAUCAAGAAAGGAGAGAAACUGGGAACUCUACUGCCCUUGCAGAAAGUCUAUCCGGGCAUCCAAUCCCAUGUACACAUUGAAAACUGUGACUUGAGUGAUCCCACCAUGUACCUAUAAAUGAAAGACAAAUGGCUAGCUCUUCUACAUAGAAAGCCACCUUCUUAGAACCUGAAUGCAUAUCCUGCUUUUCAAGAAAUUCAUGUUCAAACAGAAACAGAAUAAAUGCCUGGGCGGAAGCAGUAUGUUGAUUUCAACCCACUGCCACUUUCAUGUUGUUGCAUGUCAACCACUACUUUGCAUUUCUCGGGGGCUUACAGAUCUUCCUGUAACCUAUGAUGUCUGGGAUGGUGCGGGGUUUGUUUUUUAAGAUCUCUUAGUCCUAAAUACAUAGAAUAAAAAUAUAUAAAUUAAAGCUGGUUCAGAUUGCAUUUUUAAUGAUUCUAA